AUGACCCAAGAUGCAAUUUCCAAUGUCCAGCCUCAGACGAGCCUGGAAGAAAGGUUUGCCACUUUGGAGGCGAAAUUUGUCUCACUAGAGAAGCGGUAUUGCGAGCUGCAACAAGAAACCGUCUUUUUCCAGCAGUCUUCAAGUGGGAAACCCGGCCAGAAUGGGGCUGACACGACGUCCUCAAAGCUUGUUUCUGUGAAUGGAGUCGGCAACAAAGAUCCACCGUCCAAGGACGCUGGCAGCCAUACAAACACAAGACCGUCGCCCGAGGAGACAGGCGUAGGGCCCAAGUCCCGCGCGAGGAUAGUUAUCAACAGGACAGACUCGGAAUCACACGAGCGCAGAGACUUCCCUGCAGAAGAUCAACCUGCCGACCCGUCUGAUAAUCCCGACACUUCCUACGCGUUCACGCUACGCAAAAUUGUGGGUGACAGCGAAGAUGACGAUGGAGAGAUCGAUAUUGUCGACCAAAACCUGUGGGAGCUAUUGAAAGGACUUCUCAGCCAUUACCCGUAUCAUACAUUCCGCGGCUCACCCAGCACCAUCAGUGCGCCAUACGAAGCCUUGGUCCUCAACUGGGACAAGCUAGAGCAGGCUACCAAGAUAGAGUCUGGGAGCGACAGCGACAAGCAGGCUCGAUCGGAUCUGAAACUUCUGCUUGACACGAUUACCAACUCGUCGGGCGAUGCGAAACUGGACAAGUAUUUCAAGACCAGAGAUUCUCAUAAACAACAAAACUCCGUGACAUUCGACAAUCUUUGGACCAUUUUUGCCCCCGGCACCCUAGUCUACGGCAGACCCUUCCAAGGCCAGGAUCAAGUCUUUGUGGUCCAAGAUAACAUCGGCCCAUGGCCGUAUUUUAGCGACGGCGUACCCCGUGAGCAGGCUACUUGGACUCUGUUAGCUUGGACCUAUGACUGGAAUGGAAGCAUUUUCAAAAGAAGGCCUUUGAGGCUGGAAUUUGAGUAUUUCGAUGGCACCAAGCCAAUCACAUCGUUGCCGUACUACCCUUUUCAAUUCCACGAGCAACAGGGCAGUGUGAGGGAAAAUCUGAUCCAGCAGGGUAUCAAGUAUCGCAAAUUCUGCACUGCCACUCAAGGCUCUCGAUUAUUUGAUUACAGAGGAGAUGCCCUACUUGUCAAAAAAGGAUUCUCUGGAGUUCAAGCGGAUGAUGACAUGGACGAUGACGCCCGACGAUUCUUCGAUUCGGAACUCGAGUACAUGAGGCGCAGGAGACAUUCACGUUUUUCGCAAAAGGGUGCUCCACACCCCAAAUCUGCAAAUGUGGACAGUCGAGUCAUGGUAGACUUCGAAUCGUAUUUUGUGUUCGGUCCUUCUGUUGCACGUGUGGGCGCCCUCUGGCCAGACGACGACAAUCCCCAGUGUAAUUGCAAUGACUGCCAGGAAAAUGAUCUGUUGAAUGAAAGCUUCAGAACAAAGUACGACGAAGAAGCAUGUCAAAAGGGCAAAUGGGAAGACGAACAGUAUAUGCUUUGUCCCCCUCGUGUGCUCGGAUAUGUCUUAGGGGACAAGCAGUGGGCUCAGCUACAGGUCUCCUUACUAGCAAAGAUCCCUGACAAAGACCCCGAAGAUGCUUGGUCUACAAGACUCAAACUGGCCGACGACGGGAAAACCAAAAAGAUGAUUUUAGACUUGGUGGAGGGCCACGGGAAAAGCGACUUAUCGGAGGACAAUCGCCUCGAAGUAGACGACAUUAUCGCUAGAAAAGGAAAAGGUUUGGUAAUUCUGCUUUAUGGGCCGCCAGGAGUAGGGAAAACUUCCACCGCCGAGACGGUAGCACUUGCAGCGAGGAAACCUCUGUUCGCUAUUAGUGUUGCAGAUGUGGGCACCAAGGCAAAGAACGUUGAGGCAAACCUAAAGAAGAUUUUCGACCUGGCUACCUCGUGGCAAGCUAUCCUUCUUAUCGACGAGGCCGAUGUCUUCUUGGAGAGUAGAGGACAGGGGGUCGCAGCAAAUACAGAAAGAAAUGCCCUGGUUUCGGUUUUUCUUCGAGUGCUCGAGUAUUAUCAGGGAAUCUUAAUGCUUACAACAAAUCAAAUCGCUAAAUUCGACGUCGCUGUCCAAUCCCGCAUUCAUGUCGCUUUCAAGUACGUUAGUCUGAAUGAGGACCAAACAAUGGGAAUCUUUGGCGGCUUCUUGGGGCCAUUGGCCAAGAAAGGUCUCGUCAAAGAUUGGGAUGACAUCAAGGAGUGGCUACUCGAGGAUGUGGUGAAGAUGGGCUUCGACGGUCGCCAGAUACGGAACAUUGUGACCAGCGCACUGGGACUGGCGCGCGCUCAAGGAAAGAGCAGAUUGGAAAAGAGCCACAUCAAGUUGGUGCUCAACAACGUCAAGGACUUCAAAGACGAAUUCAUUAAGCAGUUCGAGAAGUACAAGACAGAGCAGGCAGGAGGAAGAGAUGCACUUAUGUGA